AUGCCCCAGAGUAGUAGUCAGCCCAAGUCGACGACCGGUGUCGUGAAGCAUCGCGCGUGUGAUGAGUGUCGUUCGCGAAAGCUAGCUUGCACCAAGGAACCUGAUGGCUGCUCGAGGUGUCGGCGAGAGGGGCUCAGGUGUGUCUACUCGCCCCAGAAGCAAAUGGGCCGGCCAAGGAAGCGUAGACAUGUCGAUGAUGUCGAAGGACAACCCUCCCCCGAUAAGCCCGAGAACCAAGACCAGCAGACGCAAGUGCCACUCAUGACGCAACCGACCUUGGACACCGACUUCUCGGCCUUCUUCUCGCAGGACUACUCGGGCAUGAACUACCUUGACCUACUCUCCCCCUUGGAAGGCUUGCCGCCUUCGACGCUGCCGCCUGAGCUGUCGAGUCUGACCAUGGCCUAUACCGAACCGCGGUACCCUGCUGGAGAUUUCCAGUUUGGGGUUGCUGGUGUUGACCUGUUAGGUGGCAUCAACUUUGACGAAAGUGACUCUGCUGACGAGGAUUUGCCUCAAGAUAUCAAUGAAAGCCUUACAGAACUGCUCUCAGCGCAGGUGCCCGAGACGGUGCCCAGUCUCUCCCCUCCCACGUCAUCAGAGACAUCAUCACAAACAGCCAACACAAACAUGCCAGAAUUGUCCACGUCGGUCAACCCAAAAACCCAGGGUGGCACCGGUCGAGAGAUAGAUGGGGCACCGAAAGCAUACAAUAACACCGCGUGUUCCUGCCUUUCUCUGAUUUUCCUUUCCUUGGACGCCUUAUCGAGACUACCAGACGAUGUCAAGAUCGCGAUGAGCAUAGCCAGGUCCGCUGCUCGCGUGGCCCACGACGUGAUCGACUGCCCGUCCUGCAACCCCGCAGACAUAACGAAGCCGCCCCCGAUGCAGGCAUUCCAAAACACGAUGAUGCUGGGCGCCAUUCUCCCAUCGACAGCCAACGCCUACGCCAAAAUUCUCGAACUCAUCGACAACGAGGCCUCCCUGGCCAAAAAAGAGAAGAGGAAUAUCACGUUCCACUUCGCCGAGUAUGGUGGGCUGUGGGGCGAACUGAGCAGACGAGAUAGCCAGUGCGGCACGAUAGAGACGCUUGACAACCGAGAGAUGGACCCCGAUAGCUGGAGGCUGUCAGUCAGGGGGUUGUUGAAACUCGACAUUUAUGGACACGAUUUCCAGAGGACAGACGGGGCGGGAUUGACGGUGCCCUAUCACCACCUUGGUCUCAAGGAUGUCAUCAAGCAAAUGGAGGAUCGAUCAAACAACCGACAUGACCAGAUCGACGAAAUGGUUGCAGCCGGGCUUCCCCAUCCGUUGCUGCAUAACGAGCAGCACUUGAUGGUUCCGCUGGGCAAAGAUGACAGCAAGGAGAAUCGGCACUGUCUGAAGAUUAUUGAGAUUGCGCGGGUUGCUUUGGACAAGCUGGUGAUUGCCUGA